AUGCAGCAGCAGCGAUGGGUGACAUCCAUCGCUCGAAGAGCGAAAGGCGAGACACCACUACCUCGUUCAAUGUCGACUGGCACGGCUCGGCUCAGUCAAUUCGAUUCCAUGUUCGGCGCGCUGGACAAUGUCUCUGAAUUCCGCCAUCUAGGUUUUUGGAUGAGACGGCCGGUUUUGUUGUUCAUACCAUUAGUCGCCAUCAUCACGCCCGGCACCAUCUCCGUCGUGUCCGCGUCGACAAGCGAGCCCAAGACCAUCACCGUCCCGCAGCGAGAAUACGGCAAGACCUCGUACGGCGCCGCCGUGGCCGCGACGACCAACGACACCGUGUUUUACCGCGGUGCACGAGAUCUUGUCGGUAUCAGUGGGUGGGGACGCAUUUCCCACCAACUCGAACUUGACCUGGUCGAUGGGUUCUUUGGACCGGCCAUAUCUUGCUCGGCCGCUGGUGUGGAAGUCACGACGCGGUUGACGGACUUGGUCCUCCCGUAUCAGCAGCAAAAGCAAGUGUUGUUGAGGUACGACGCCUGGGUCCCGAGACCGGCGACGGCGACAUCGCCCAACGAGACUCUUCUUGUCGACGGCAUGCUCGUUGUCGAUCCAGACGGGAACAGCAACCUCCGGAUCCUGGACCAGAUUUCGCCCGACGCAGCAAGGAUCUAUUACAGCAUUGCCCCGGACGUGACGACACGGGCGACGAUGACAGCCUCCAUCCAUGUCAUCGAGUGUGCCCUGUACAACACGUCGUGGCACCUAGACUUCGAUGUCCGCACCACCGGCGAGCAGGUUCUCAGGCCAACCCUGCAAUUUGAGAACUGGAUGCCCGGGCGGAGCAGCAUCAAACCACCUUCUCGCGCAACGUGUACUCCUACGACAGCCGAGACCUUGUCGUUGCGUACACGCUUGCGAUAG